GUUUUGAAACACGCCAGAUAUAGUGGGAAUAGCUAAAUUGGCAACAUUUGAUUAUACAAACAAAAACAGGUGCUGCAGUCUCCAGAUCUAAAUUAUGAAUUAUUUAAGGGUUAUUCGCAAUAAUUGGAAAAAAUGUACAUUCGGAGCUUGUGUCUCUGUGUAUGCCCUCCAGUCGUUAAAAACCCACAUAGAAAUCGAACAAUAUAUGAGAGAAUUUUCGGCCAGAGCACAGACUAAGGGAGCUAUAUCGGAACGGCCAAAAAAGGUGCUGGUGGUCAUGAAUCCAGUGGCCAAUAAAAAGAGAUCUGAGAAAUUUUUUAAAAACUACUGUGAGCCAGUUUUGCAUUUAGCUGGAUAUUCGGUGGAAAUACUGCGAACCAAUCACAUUGGUCAUGCCAAGACCUACAUCCAGGAUAUGUCGUCCCUGCCUGACGCCAUUGUGGUGGCCGGAGGCGAUGGAACCUCGUCGGAGGUGGUCACUGGACUGAUGCGAAGGCGCGGCAAACUGUGUCCCAUCACCGUUCUUCCCCUCGGACGCUCCGUUCAAGAUGCAUCCAAAAAGUUGCAUAUCUUUGGGGUGAAGGAUGUGGAGUAUGUCAAGUCGCUGUGCUCAGCCCUGGAGCCGAUGCUGAGGGAUGAGAGCAAGUACCAGAGCGUGAUACGCUUCGAUGUGAUCAACGAGACGGACGAAGGCGAGCAGCUUUUAAAGCCGAUAUACGGCCUAAAUGGGCUCUCUUGGGGCCUGCUAAAGGACAUUGACACGGCCAAGGACAAGUAUUGGUACUUUGGACCACUCCGUCACUAUGCAUCCGCCGCAUUUCGAUUCUUUGCUGACAACUGGAGUCUGAAGACUGACUAUGUGUACACUCCUCCCUGUCCGGGCUGCAUCGACUGCGCGGCUUCUGUUGAGCGCCAGGAUGACGUCGCCCCGCCGGCGGGGCUUUUCACCAAUAUUAUAUUCAAGUACAAAAAGAGCACACCGGCGGAGACGCUGACACGGACUCUCGUUAAGAACGACAACUGCGGCAACCGGUUCGAGGGCAGCAUCGAGGCGAAUCAAAUCAACAUCAAGUGCACGCAGAACGAGGAUAACUUUGCGGAGCUGGAGAGCCAGUUCAUCAGUUCGCUGCAGCCGGGCUGGGAUUACAUCAGGCGAAUUCCACAGGUGGUGGCGAGUAGCAGCAUUCUGCCCACCUUGGUGGUGAACAGUCGGACUAUUCAGCUGCUUCCCGCCGGGGAGAUGGCAGACAAGUUUUACUCAAUCGACGGGGAGGAGUACGACGCUAGACCAAUUAAGGUAUCUGUUGUUCCCAAUGCUAUUAAAGUGUUUGGUUAAGAUUUUGAAA